UUCAAUUUUCAGGGAUUUUUUAUUAAAUAAUUUACACAUGGAUAUGAUCCUAACUCGAAUAUAUACUCAUUAGACCUUAGGUGCAACCAACAUCCUUGGUGCAACUGACAGCAUUCACUUUAUCCUUGACUUGCAGAUCAUGGGAUUUUGAUAUGAUAAGAAGAAUGUGAUGCUAUUGUUCCCUCAAACCUGUUGUACAUGAACAUAUAUACUCCAAUGAGGAAAGGCGCAUAGCAGUUUUCUACAACAGUGGAAGACCUUGGGAUCCAAAAAAAAUAGGACAUUAAGAAGCAAAUCAGAACUUAUUUUGCUUAUAGUAUCCAGUCUUACCAAGAUGUGUUAUGUGAUAAUUACAGUUCGGUCUCUGUUAUGGACACUACUGACCCUAGUGGCCACCAUGGCAGUGGUGUCCUCCCUCAUCUCCCCAUACUGGAUCAUGGGGACACAGACUGUAGUGGACAUUAAACCAGUGACCAAUGACUCCUCGGUCAGCACAAGUAAAGAAACAUUCCAGUCGUCAAUAGGGAUAUACACACGCUGCACAAAGCUUCAUUUGGUGGGGAGAUAUGUGGAUAAUUGUGCUUCGUUUAUUGAAGGCGCAGGAUUUGAUAUGGAUUCAGAACAGUUUUCUCAUUUCUGGAAAGCCUGUCUCUUUAUGUAUGGUGUGGGGCUGGCUUUGCUGACCUUUACAGUGAUUACAGCUGUACUAAGUCUCUGUGUGAGGGCAAUCUGUAAGAAGAGUAUUUUCACUGUCUCUGGACUUAUACAGAGUAUUGCAGGCUUGUUUUUGAUAGUGGCCAUACUCCUGUAUCCAGCUGGUUGGGGGUCCACAAGGGUACGUAGGGAGUGUGGAGACACUGCAGCACCCUUUGAACUGGGAGAUUGUUCAUUAGGCUGGUCAUUUUACUGUUGCAUUGGAGGGACCAUACUAGUGUUCAUCUGCUCAGUUCUGUCCAUUCAAGCAGAGAGGGCCACAUCUAGCGAUAAAGUGGAGGCAGAAAUUCUGGAUGGAAAAUACUUGGUGUGUGUGUUAUGACCUGAUACUGAAGCUGAUAUUCAGACACAUUAAUACUCAUAGAGUUAUUUCUUGAUACCAAGGUAGAAAUGGGUUUCCGCACUGUAAAGGACCAAAUCGCUGAGAACUCUUCAACAAGGUCUUGAGAUCAAGAUAAGCCAUUAGGAUGGGCUACACUUACU